AGUGAGAGUGAGAGUGAGAGUUGGGUAGAAAUGGGCAUUUUGUCUGAGGAUAUGAUCUUGAUAAAAAAGGCUGAGAAGCCAGGAGAUCACACUGUGAUUACUGUGAAUUGCCCUGACAAGACUGGGCUGGGUUGUGAUUUGUGUAGGAUCAUAUUGCUGUUUGGCUUGAGCAUUGCCAGAGGAGAUGUUUCGACGGAUGGUAAAUGGUGUUACUUAGUUUUCUGGGUGAUUGGGAGGCCAACGACAAGGUGGGAUUUGUUGAAGAAGAGGCUAUUGGAGGUGUGUCCCAUGUGUUCACCGGCUGUCUCGGAAAUUUACUAUUACAGACCUGAAUUUCAGCAGCCCAAGCCACCAGAUGUGUUCUUAUUGAAGUUCUGGUGUUACUAUGUUCGCAAGGGCCUCUUACAUGAUGUAACCAAGGUUCUGUGUGAGCUAGAGCUUACAAUAAAGAGAGUUAAGGUAUCCACAGCCCCAGAUGGGAGAGUGAUGGAUCUCUUCUUUGUCACGGACACCAGAGAACUUCUUCACACUAAGAAGAGACAAGCGGAAACAAUUGGCUCUCUGGAAGCUGUACUAGGGGAUGCCAUCAUAAGUUGUGAGAUUGAACGAGCCGGUCCAGAAGUUACUGCAUGCUCACACGGGUCCUCUUUUCUUCCCUCAGUAAUUACACAAGACAUGUUUUGUUUAGAGCUGCCGAGCAAACACCGAAAUGGUUUUCUUGCCUCCAACUCAGUAUCUAUUACAGUUGAUAAUUCUUUCAGCCCGUCUCACACCCUCGUUCAAAUCCUCUGCCAAGAUCACAAAGGUCUCAUUUACGACAUCAUGAGAACCCUAAAGGAUUACAACAUCCAGAUAUCUUACGGGCGAUUCUUCGCAAGUGCAAAGCGGAACUGUGAGGUGGACUUGUUCAUUAUGCAAGCAGACAGGAAGAAGAUAGUAGACCCUCAUAAGCAAAACGCCUUGUGCUCUCGUCUGAGAAUGGAGCUUAUCCGUCCUCUAAGAGUUGAUGUGUUGAGUCGUGGCCCUGACACCGAGCUACUAGUGGCAAAUCCUGUCGAGUUAUCUGGCAGGGGCCGGCCACUUGUUUUUUAUGAUAUUACCCUUGCUCUCGAGAUCCUAAACAUACUCGUCUUCUCGGUGGAGAUAGCGAGACACAGGAUUCAUGAUCGGGAAUGGGAGGUUUACAGGAUCUUGCUCGACGAUGGGGAUGGUUUUCCUUUGCCGAGGAACGAGAUCAAAGAGUGUGUUCAAAAGAAGUUGAUGGGUUGGGAAUGAGUUAUAUAUCUAACUAAUAUCAGCUAGGAGUGUAGUUGGCCACUACUGUGCACUAUUGAGUUUUGAUGUAUGUGUAUUUUUUUAAUCUUUUGUUUUUUGGGGAGUCCCACGAAUCUCAACUGCUGCUAAGUAGCCCUUAAGUGUAAAUUAUGUAACGUGGUUUAGGAAAUGCUAAGUUUUAAUUUUCUCCAUGUCUCCAUCUUACAUUAGGACAAAUUCUAUUUUCUGUAAA